UGCCAUUGAACAUUUCACAACUGAAAUCAGAAAACUCGUAAAAAUCUAGUGAAGUGGUAAAACCGUGUGAAAUUUGUAAGCCGUGUGAAAUCGGGCAUAGAAGAGAAAGCAUGGAGGCUUUGCAGGAGCUGCCGCCAAUUGGUUCCGAGCGUGCUGCACGACGCGCUGCGAUGAACAGUCUCAACAUCAACAUGUGUUCGAACAAGGAGAACGAGGAUCUCGAAUGCGGUUGGCAGCGAGAGCAGGUGUCGCGUUUGUGUGGCAAUCCGCCGGUUAGCGGCGAAAUGGAAGCUUGGCUGUGUUUGCAACGCGAGAUGCAAUUCGAGCGCGAACGUUGCCAGCUGGUGCCGUGGCAUUUCAUUGACGAUGCCAAGUGCGAUGAGAAGCCCAAGCUUUCGCCCGGACUGACACAGCAACAGAAACAGCAGGCACAAUCACAACCACAAAGGCAACCACAACAGCAACAGAAACUACAACCACAACCACAACCACAACAGCAACCACAACAGAAACUACAACCACAACAACAACCACAACUACAACCACAACCACAACUACAACCACAACCACAACUACAACCACAACUACAACCACAACUACAACAACGACCACAACUACAACUACAACAACAACCACAACUACAACCACAACAGCAACCACAACAGCAACCACAACAACAACCACAACAACAACCACAACCACAACAACAACCACAACAACAACCACAACCACAACUACAACAACAACCACAACCACAACAACAACCACAACCACAACCACAGUCAGAGUCAGAGUCACAGACACAGUCGAAGCCGUUGCCCAUGGAGGAGACCAAAAAGUUGACGGCGCAGCUGUUGAGCGCACAGCAGCAGACGCGACGUCUCGUGCAGAGCAUUGAACAGCUGAUGCCAUCGCUGUCGAAUCGUCAGCAGUUGCAGCAGUCGUUGCAGCAACUGCGACUGUUGCACUUCUUGCUCAAGCGUCAGCUCAACAUGCAGCUGUACCAGGAGAUGGAGCAGCAAGAUCAGCAGCAGCAACAACAGCAGCAGCAGCAAUCGUCAGCAUGGAAGCAGAAAGUUCCAAAGGUGUCUGAAGACUCGCAGCAGCAACAACAGCCAGAGAUGCAGCAGCAGCAACAACAACAGGUGCAGCAGCAACAGGAUAGGCAACAGCAUGAAAUGCAGCAGCUGCAACAUCAGCAACAGCAGCUUCUACAUGAUCAACGGCAUCAACAGCUACAACAACAACAGUUGGAGGAGUCACAGCAGCAAAUGAAGAUGUUGCAGAACGAAACAAUGCAUCUGCGGCAGCAGCAACUAGCACAUCAGCAGCUGCAAGAGCAAAUGCAAAAACAACAUCAUCUAGUGCAGCAACAGCAGCAGCUGAAAAUGCAGCAAUUGCAUCAGUUGCAUAUGAUGAACCAGCAUCUGCAACAGCAGCAACAAGGAUUGCCGCCGGAGCAACAGCAAGAGCUGAAGAAAUUGCAGCAACAGUUGCAGCAUCAGCAGCAUUUGUUGGGGCAGCAGCAGCAGCAGCAACUACAACAACAACAGCAAUACCAACUACAGCCACAUAUACCAGCUCAGCAACCACAUCAGUUGCAGCAACAGCAGGAGCAGCAACGGCAGCAACAUUUACGGCUCUUGCAGGAACAGCAGAUGCUAUUUGAACGCCAGCAACAACAAAUGCUGAAGCUGCAACCACAGUUGCCGUCACAGCAACAGCCAGAUGUUCAGCAGCAAAUUCAGAAAGAGAUUCAACACAUUGAACAAAAUAUGCGGCUAGAGCAAGAGCACAUGUUUCAGCAAUUUGAGCAACAACAACAGCAACAACAGCAGCAACAGCAUCAACAACAGCAACAGGUACCGCAACAGCCCUUAGUUCAACAACAGCAACAACCACAACUACAGCAACAAACAUUGUUGCAACAGCAGAUGCAACAGCAGCAUCCAACUCAACAAUCUGUACAGCUACAACAUGAUGUGCAGAAGCAAAUACAGCAACAGCAAGAGAUGCAGCAGCAAAUGCAACAGCAACAACAACAACAAUCUAUAUAUGUGGAGCAUGUGGAGGUCCAGAUUUUUGUGUAUAAGCUGCAGCAACAACAGCAACAGCAACAGGAACUGCAACAGCAAGAUGUUCAGCAGCAAAUGCAGCAACAGCACCAGCAAAAAAUGCAGCAACAAGAACAGCUACAACAACAGCUACAACAACAGCAGCAACAGCAACUACAAGAACAACAGCAAGAACAACAGCAGCAACAACAAGAGAUACCUGCAUUGCAGCGGUUGCAACAGCAACCUUUAGUGGAGAAGCUGCAGCCACAGCAUCAACCAAUGCAACAGCACACAGCAACAGCAAACAAACAAGCUGCAAGCAUCGUUAAUACAGCAACAACAUGAGAUGCACGUAAUACAACAGUUAAUGCAGUAGCAACAACAGUAUCGAAAUCAUAAACAACAACCAAUAUUUCAGCAGGUGCAGCAGCAACUUUUGGUGGAGCAGCAAAUGCAGUCACUACAUUUGCAGUUGCAGCAGCAAGCACAAGCACAGCAACAGCCUUUAGUGCCUCAACAGGUGCCUGAACAACUGCAACUACAGCCAGCAUAACAACAACAACAACAACAGAAAAGAUGCAGCCUAAGCAGCAGCCGCAACAACAUCAACAGCAGCAACAUCAACAGCAGAAGAAAUACCUUCAGUAGCAGCAGCAAUAACACACGCUGUAGCCAAAUCCACAACCAUUACAGCGAUUAUAACAACAACAACAAAUGCUUCAACUGAAACCAAAAUCAGCACAUCAACAAUAACAACAACAACAACACAGCGAGAGAUACAAGCAAAAGAAUGAGCAACAGCAACCAUCGCAGUCACUUAAAGAACAACAGUGUCUGCCAGAGAAACAGCGAGAAGAACAAAAUCAUUAACACGCAAGCUUAAAGAGCAACAAAAAUUCCGUAAACAUAUUCAUCACUGCAGCAAAAUUCACCCAAACUAACAGCAACAACAAUUAUCCCAAGUCAAAACGAUCGAAGAACAGCAACAGCCGCAGCAACAGCCAAAGCAAAAAGUAGAGGCAGUGUGGAGGCGCAAAUCUUGCUGAGCAUUCACAACAAUCGAGGAAAAUCGUGUUUGUGAUUGCUGCGAGUAAAUUUCACAUUUGGUACAAGUCCCAAAACCCGAGCAGGAGCCGCCAAAUCUAAAUACCAGCAACAUACAUAUCAACAUCAAUAAGCUUCAGCAGCAACAUCAAGAAAGGAACUAAAAGCCAAAGCACAAGCGACAAAAGCAACAACCACUGCUAGUAAUUUAGGAUGCAACAACAACCACACAUAACAACCACAUUUAAAUUGCAGCAACUAUAAACUUAACAGACUUGGAAAACAAACAACACAAGGCAGCAGUAUAUAAAUCAUAUCGAUAUAUAUAUCCAAGCGAAAUAUCGGUAUAGAUUUAUAUAUUCCCAAAAGGAGAACACAUUUUGAAAAUGAUUCAAUAAACACUUUCAUAUGAUUUUAGAAUUAAACACGUACAAUGUAAGGUUGCGAACUAUACUGUGGAAAACUAUCAUAAUAUAUUAAUAUUCACAACAUUAUAUUAUAAAUGCACCCAAAUAAAGACU